UUUCAAACAGACGAGAAGUUCACUUUCCAACUUGGGUUCCCACUUUGAGACGGCGGCAGCCAAACACUGAAAGGGCAGUGGUACCUGCGCAGAGUGGGGGAGACUCAGAAGUCAGGAAGAGUUGGGCAUAAACUUGGCUUCAUCCAGCGCCGUCACCUCCACCAGUUGAGACAAUUCUCAAAAUCCACACACAAAGAGUAAAGUGUUUUGUUUUUGCUUUUUUAUAAGUGUAAAGUGUUUGAUCGCAAGUUCCCAACCCAUUCCUCAAUUUGGUGGCAGUCCUGUCCUUUGCAACAAUAAUUGGCUCUAUAAAGCUCGAAAAUUCAGUAAACAAUAUUAUCCCUUUAAUCGUCAUUGAAUCGGAUCAGCCCCGGUCAGCUCAAUUACUAAGACAACAACCGCCAAGGGCAUACUCGUAACUCCGGCCACCACCCACCACUUCGUCUCUAAUCUUUGAUUCUUUAUCAUCAAAACCGUCGCGUCGAUCUCACAUUUCUUUUCACCUCAAUAACACUCCAAACAAGGAAUCUUCCAGCUGAGCUCCAAUGGCUGAGUCAGAUCCCACCCCCACCAAAACCCUGAUCGACGGCAACAUCCUAGCGGCGAUGUCCCUGGCCCGCUUUGGCGUGGACCACAUGUUCGGCGUGGUGGGCAUCCCGGUCACGUCCCUCGCCAACCGCGCCGUGGCCCUCGGCGUCCGCUUCAUUGCCUUCCACAACGAGCAGGCCGCGGGCUACGCCGCCUCCGCCUUCGGCUACCUCACGGGCUGCCCCGGCGUCCUGCUCACCGUCUCGGGUCCGGGCUGCGUCCACGGCCUCGCGGGCCUCUCCAACGGCAUGAUCAACGCCUGGCCCGUGGUCAUGAUCUCCGGCUCCUGCGACCAGAACGACGUUGGUCGCGGCGACUUCCAGGAGCUCGAUCAGAUCGAAGCUGUCAAGCCCUUCUCCAAGUUCUCCGUCAAAGCCAAGCACAUCUCCGAAAUCCCCGACUCCGUGGCCCGGGUCCUCCACUGGGCCAGCUCGGGUCGUCCCGGCGGUUGUUAUCUGGACCUCCCGACCGAUGUGUUGCACCAAACCAUCUCCGACUCUGAAGCCGAGGCUUUAUUGGCUGCGGCGGAUAAUUCUAUAAAGACCGAAGAGACUCUGAUCCCCAACCCGCCCGUUUCCGAUAUCGAGCAAACAGUGUCGUUGCUCAGAAAUGCGAAGAGACCGUUGGUUGUGUUUGGAAAAGGAGCGGCAUUUUCUCGAGCAGAGAACGAGCUGAAGAAGCUAGUGGAGACCACCGGAAUCCCGUUCCUGCCGACUCCGAUGGGCAAAGGGUUGUUGCCCGAUACGCACGAGCUAGCGGCGUUGGCGGCGAGAUCGUUGGCCAUUGGCAAAUGCGACGUCGCGCUUGUCGUUGGUGCUAGGCUGAACUGGUUGUUGCAUUUUGGGGAGCCACCCAAGUGGUCCAAGGACGUGAAGUUCAUAUUGGUGGAUAUAAGCAAGGACGAGAUUGAGCUAAGGAAACCCAGUGUGGGUUUAGUCGGAGAUGCGAAACGGGUCUUGGAAAGGAUCAAUAGGGAAAUCAAGGACGACCCUUUUUGUUUUGGGAAGUCGCAUCCUUGGGUGGAGGAGGUAGCGAAGAAAGUGAAGGACAAUGUCGUGAGAAUGGAGGUCCAGUUGGCCAAGGAUGUGGUGCCGUUUAACUUCUUUACACCGAUGAGGAUUAUAAGGGAUGCGAUAUUGGGAUUGGGGAGUCCGGCGCCGAUACUGGUUUCGGAAGGGGCGAAUACCAUGGAUGUGGGGCGGGCAGUGCUGGUUCAGACAGAGCCGAGGACAAGGUUGGAUGCUGGGACUUGGGGGACUAUGGGGGUCGGUUUAGGUUAUUGCAUAGCGGCUGCUGUGGCUUCGCCUGGCCGGCUGGUGAUUGCGGUUGAAGGGGAUUCCGCAUUUGGGUUUAGUGCAAUUGAAGUUGAGACAUUGGUUCGAUACCAGUUGCCCGUUGUUGUGAUUGUAUUUAACAACGGUGGGGUAUAUGGGGGCGACCGGAGGAGUCCUGAAGAAAUUGAUGGACCUUACAAAGAUGAUCCUGCACCUACUUCUAUCAUCCCUGGUGCAGCAUAUCACACUGUAAUUGAAGCUUUUGGGGGCAAAGGUUAUCUUGUUGGGACACCUGAAGAACUCAAGUCUGCCCUUUCAGAAUCCUUCUCUGCACGGAAACCAGCUGUUAUAAAUGUCACCGUUGAUCCUUACGCUGGUUCAGAAAGUGGCAGGAUGCAACACAAGAACUGAUGUAGGCCUUAAUUGCUCCCUUUUUCCACUCUCUGAUUUGUGCAUCAUUUGCUGCCUACCAGUCUGGUUCCUUUUCCUUACUGUUUAAUAACGUAUAAUUGUUACUUAUCAAAAGAAGGAAGAAGAUAAUAAUAAUAAUGUAAAAUUGUUGCAAGUAGCCUUGUAAUUUUAUUGUUAUCAUGAAAUUGAUGAACUUAUAUUUAGUGUUGCGGCAUACAAUUAGAACAUGAUAUUGGAGUGCGUAGUUGUACACGAUCACAAUGGAUAUCUGUACAUAAUUUUCAGCGUAAAAUGUACCUGUGGUGGCGGUUGAUCUAACAGAUAUUAUUAUUGCUUGCAAUUUGACUGUCUAUUUCUGCC